CAUUUUCUCUUAGAGUACUCGGCCAUCUCAUAGACUUAGAAGCCUUCUUUGUCCUUGUCGCCUUUGUGUGUGCAACUCGCCCUCAACGAAUUUUACCCGUCACGUUUUCCAAGAUACCAGAAAUGCCAGCUGCCACCACCACCGCCCCUGUUACUACUAUCCCCUCCCCUGCUUCCCUCAAGGCCGCCGCCCAUGGCCAGGUUGAUGCCGUUGCCCUCUUUGCCGCCGACAAAGCUGCGCGCAAGAGCGCCUCUGAGGCCGUUGCUGCUCUCGCCCUGAAAGAUGGCGCGUCAGCUCUGAGGUCCACUGGCUUCACCGACUUGGUCAUUAAGGCCCUCGCCGACAAGAAGUCUCCCGCCGCACGCGAAGGCGCUGCGGAAGUCAUCGCUAUCGUUGUCAACACGGCCGUCCAGGCGCUCGAGCCAUCCUUCAUUGACUCGGGUCUCUAUGCCGCUCUGCUCGAGGCCUUUGCCGAUAAGAUGCCUGCCGUGAGGACGGCGGCCGUCGACGCGGUCCGGACGUACGUAGCCAAGGCGAGCCCAUGGGGCACUGGACUUCUGCUUCCUGCCCUUCUUCAUGAGAUCAAGACCGCCGGAAAGUGGCAGGUCAAGACCGGGUCGCUCGCGAUCCUCGACCAGCUCGUCGAGAGCGCGCCGGUUCAGACUGCCAAGUUGAUGCCCGAGAUCGUCCCCGUCCUUUCUGAGGCGAUCUGGGAUACCAAGGCGGAUGUGAAGAAGGCCGCGCGCGAGUCGCUCACGAAGGCCACCGCUCUGGUGUCCAACAAGGAUAUUGAACGCUUCAUUCCUGCUCUUAUCAAAGCCCUGAUUAAUCCGGUCGAAGAGGUGCCGAAUACGAUCCAGCUCCUCUCUGCCACCACCUUCGUUUCCGAAGUGGAUUCUCCUACUCUUUCUCUCAUGGUUCCCCUUCUUGCCCGAGGCCUUUCCGAGAAACUUACGGCGACGAAGCGCAAGGUUGCUGUCAUUGUCGACAACAUGGCCAAAUUGGUCGACUCGCCCGUGACCGUCAGACCGUUCCUUCCAAAACUCCUCCCCGGCCUUCUCAAGGUCGAGACCACCAUCGGCGAUCCCGAGGCCCGCAGUGUCGUCGGUCGGGCGAUCGCGACGCUCCGCCAGGUUGGCGAGGUCCCGACGGGCGACGGCUCGGACCUUCCGCCACUGAAGCAGGCCGAAUCGGGCCAGCUCGCGCACUCGCUCAUCUCGAUCUACAAGAAGGCCGGUGCUAACCCGGUUCCGUCCGUCGCCGAUGAGGUCACCAUCUACGCCUCGCGCCUUGCAGCCAACCUUGCCAACGCGAAGAACUUCGAUGUCCCAGAUUGGGACACGCUGGCGCUCUACCUCGCCUUCCUCGCUCAGUCUCCCGAGCCCGUCACCAUUGCGCGCGAGUGGGUGGUUCACUCGGCCACAGAGGGCACCGACGAAGGCGAGGCGCUCGAAGACGAGGAGGAGGGCGAGGAUCUGUGCAACUGCCAGUUCUCCCUUGCGUACGGUGCCAAGAUCUUGUUGAACACGGCGACGCUCCGUCUCAAGCGCGGUCACCGCUAUGGUCUUUGCGGUAAGAACGGCACAGGAAAGUCGACUUUGAUGCGCGCGAUCACGAACGGUCAAGUCGAGGGCUUCCCGUCCCCCGACGAGGUCCGCACCUUCUACGUCGAGCACGACAUCGAUGGUAGCGAGGAGGAUACUUCUGUUCUCCAGUUCAUCCUUUCCGAUGAGCGUAUCCUCGCUGACAAGACGGAAGUCGUUGAGACCCUCGCUUCCGUUGGGUUCAGCGACGAGAGGCAGCAGCACGCCAUCGGCAGUCUUUCCGGCGGUUGGAAGAUGAAGCUCGCUCUCGCUCGUGCGAUGCUCUUCAAGGCUGAUAUCCUCUUGCUCGAUGAGCCGACUAACCAUUUGGAUGUCGUCAACGUUGCCUGGCUCGAAAAUUACCUCACUGGCCUUACCCACUGCACUUCGAUCAUCGUCUCGCACGACUCUGGGUUCCUCAACAAUACCAUCACCGACGUCCUUCACUUGAACCGCUUCAAGCUGCGCCGCUACAGGGGCAACCUCGAGGCCUUCGUCAAGCAAGUUCCUGAGGCCAAGUCGUACUACACUCUCGAGGCAGCUGAGGACUACCGCUUCAAGCUCCCCAACCCUCCCUUGCUCGAGGGUGUCAAAACAAAGGAGAAGUCGCUGCUCAAGAUGCGCAGCGUCGGCUACCAGUACCCAUCUCAGCCCGUUCAGCAGCUGUACGACAUCACGUUGCAAGUCUCCCUCUCAUCCCGUGUCGCUGUCCUUGGCCCUAAUGGCUCCGGCAAAUCCACGCUCGUCAAGUUGCUCACUGGCGAGAUGGAGGCCAACAAGGGUGGUGAGGUGUGGAAGCACCCAAACUUGGUCAUCGGCUAUGUCGCCCAACACGCUUUCCACCACAUUGAUCACCACCUCGACAAGACGCCUUUGGAGUACAUGCUCUGGCGGUACCAGACGGGCGAGGAUCUGGAAGAGAUGUCCAAGGCGAACCGGCAGAUCUCUGAUGAGGAGCAGCAGAAGAUGAAGGACGGGUCGCUCGUUAUCGUCGAGGGCCAGAAGCGUCUCAUCGACGAGAUUGUGGCGCGCAAGAAGUUGAAGCAGUCGUAUGAGUACGAGGUGUCGUUCAAGGGUCUCAGUUCGUCGGAGAACAUCUGGCUGCCACGCGAUGAGCUUGUCAAGCGUGGUUUCGAAAAGAAAGUCAUCGAGGUUGACACCCGCGAGGCCCAGCGCCUCGGCCUGCUCCGCCCCCUCGUCCGUCGGGAGAUCGAGCAGCACUUCGCCGACUUCGGUCUCGAGCCCGAAUUUGUCUCGCACAACACCAUGCGUGGUCUUUCCGGUGGUCAAAAGGUGAAGAUUGUCCUCGGCGCUGCUACAUGGCGCCGUCCGCACGUCAUCUGCCUGGAUGAGCCGACAAACUAUCUCGAUCGUGAAUCGCUCGCUGCCCUCAUCGAGGCCCUCAAGGUCUUUGAGGGUGGUGUCCUUAUCAUCACUCACAAUCGCGAUUUCUCCGAGUCGAUCUGCAAGGAGGUGUGGGCAAUGCGCGAUGGCCGCCUCGAGGCGUCUGGUCACAACUGGGUUGAGGGUCAGGGCGCUGGCCCUCGCAUCGACAAGAAGGAUGGCCCGGAGGAGGACACGUACGAUGCCAUGGGCAACAAGAUCGAGAACAAGAAGCAGAAGAAGAUCACGUCUGCUGAGGCGCGCAAGCUCAAGAAGGAGCGCAUGGCACGGAAAAAGCGAGGCGAGGAGAUCAGCGACGACGAGCUCUGAAGCUGUGGGUGCGCUCGACUAUACUUUUCUCUUUCUGGUCACGACGGACUCGCCUCCCUCCAUAACAUCUAUCUUACUUCCUGGAUCAUGCGCCGCCCUAGCAGCUUGUGUGUUUUGUCCUUGUUGUCGCAUCUGUACUCUACCGCCCGUGUCGUACUUUUUCAAUUAUUUGUCUACAAUAUUAUAUAUCUUCAUCCUAUUUUCUGUGGACAUGGGCUGUUUGCGGUGAUUCUUGUGGCCAAGAGAAUGUGGGUCCAUUUUUAAACAACUCCAAAAUGACCC